UUAUGGUCUCUCACUACCCUUUGAUUAGCUUCCAAAAUUGAAAAAUCCUGACGGACAGCCCAACCCCACUCCUCUAUCGGGGGCCCUUGUACUCCAUAUAUCAUCUUACAUCGACUUGGCCCUCUCAAUAGAAGGGGGAAAAAGAACCCAAAAUCCCCAUGAAUCGCCCUCCUCGGCUGUCUUUUCUCUUCCUUUUCUCCUUAGUCCUACCGGUAGUAUACAGCGAGUCAACCUGCUACUGGCCUGAUGGUACACCCGCAACCGCCGACGUCCCCUGCUCGGACGAGAAAUACGCCCCCUGCUGUCGCGCCGGGAACCUCUGCCUAUCGAAUAACCUCUGUCUGAACGUCGCCAUCCAACCAUACGUUUUGUCUCGAGGAGCUUGUACAGAUCCAAACUGGAAUUCAGAUAAUUGUCCGCAGUUCUGCACAAAUGUCUCCCGCGGCUCUGGCUCCUCUCUCUUCCCGCUGGGUCUAAAUAGCAACGGUCUAGCUGAAUACUGCUGCAAUGAGCCCAUACUUAACGGGUCCAAAAUUGGCUGUGCCGCUUCCUCUGGGAGCUCCUUCUUCGUGCCGGAUGGGUCCCUCGUAGCGGGGUAUGCGGCGCUGGCGAAUAUCUCGUCGUUGAGCGCGUCGAAUAGCACAUCAGGUAAUAGUGCGCCAGGUAAUGGGACGUCAUCCUCAAGCCCCAGCUCGAGGGAUGCGGCUAUUGGCGCGGGGGUGGGUGUGCCCUUGGGUGUUAUUGCUAUCGGGGCUGUCGCUUGGGCGCUUUAUGAGAGGAGGUCUAGGAGGGAGAGUCUUGCUGCUGCGGCUAGAUUUGAGAAUGAUGGUGGUGUUGGCGGGAUUCCGGUGUAUGGGAUGCAGCAGCAUGAGAUGGAGCAGUGGAAGAACCCUUCUAGUCCCGUGGAGUUGACUACGUCGAGUAGGACACAUGAAUUGCCGUCCUGAUGUAUAUGUGGGGAUUUGUUUGAAGGGAAUGCUUGAUGUCCAAUCGUGAAUGGCC